AUGCCUAACAACAUCCCAAUCGUCAGCGAAGAAGCCGCUUCUACUCGUCAAGCUCAAACCCGAGCAACACAAGCUCCCAGCACUCCAAUGGGCUACCCGCCUCUCAUAAAUGUCCCCCUCGCCCAGCACGUGCAGCACCCCGAAAACCCUGCGCUGGGUGCCUCCGCUGCCCAACGAAUAUCCGACCUCUUCGUCAUCCGCUGGGAAAAAUUCGGAACCCAAACCAUCCUCUACGCCAUAGUAAUUCUUAGCUUGUUAGACGUCGCCGCAAGCAUCGUCGUCUGGAACGUGGCCACCCUCAACACUUGGGAUGAUGAAGCCGUCGUCGUAGUCUGGAUGGGUGCCAGCGUUGGGGUCUUAAUCGUCAUCCUGAUUAUUAAUAGCCACCGAUCGAGCCAAAUCGCAGAGUCCGAAGGAAUGAUUUAUAAUGAGUGGUACGAGCUGGGUAACACCAACGAUGGUAUCCGAACACCUCCCCGCGCUCAUGUGGCUGCGCGACAAGGUGCGGAGCCCACCACUGCGCCUCUACGGGAGUCCGUGGGCCGACCCUUGCCCCCAUCAUGA